AUAUUUUGAUUCCAGCCGCCUAGUUUGCCCAACUGAUAUAGCAAUAGAGAAGCUUAUUAGCUCACCAGUCACUGCUUCUUUCUCUCAAGCUGUUUAUAUACCAGCCAACUCGUACAAAGAUAAUGAUGAUUGAAUUGCUAUAACACAUAUCAUGAUUGGAGCAAUUUUGACCCCUAGUGGUAACUGGUACCUAAUAUCUCAUUAAAGAGGACAUGACAUGCAGACAUGUGAUACUUAUUCCAACAUUGAGUUGUAUCAGAUGAUAUCCGCAAGCGACAUGUUAUUAUUAACUUAUUCCGAUAGUUUCUCAGACUUUGCGGACUGAGCCAUGAUCGAGGUGAUCUGUGAGCUGGUGGACGGGCCGGUGUUCCUGGCCGGCCAGACGCUGCGCUGUACCAUCACCCUGCGCUGCCCGGAGCUGGACCGACAGGCGGCAGCCACGUCCAAUAGCGACGUCUGCGAGAACCUCGCAUGGGUCAGCGCGCAGGUGCAGUGCUUCUGUCAGGUCAAUGACCACAAAGUCCGCCACCGCGCGGCGGCCACCGACGCCGACCUGGCAGCCGUCUCCAGUACGGCCUACCUCCCGGACCGCGGCGAGCGGGGUCGGAUCGUGCUGGCCACAAAGCCCACCAUCCUGGUGUGCGACCUGCGCCUUCGACCCGGCCAGGCACACCGGCUCCACUACAGUCAAAAACUCCCCGCCGACGCCAUGCCCACCUACCUGGGACAGGCGGUCAGAUAUGUGUACAAGGUGACUGUGGGCGCUCAGCGUGUGAACAGUUCGAUCCGGCUGCUGCGCGUGCCGGUCCGCCUGCUCCCCCUGGACCCGGCCGUCACCGUGCACCGGUCGGACGCCGAAGACGACAUCACUCCGUCGAACCCGUUCCUGCCGACGGCCGCCGAGCCGGGGGAGACGAGUGACGAGCAGACUCUGCAGCUGCUGCAGCACAGCGUGGCGCGUCGCGCGCCGGCCUACUUCAACAUCACCAACCAGCACGGUCGGGUGGUGCGCUUCUGCAUGUUCAAGACGGCCUUCAAGCUGGGCGAGGACGUGGUGGCCACGCUGGAUUUCAGCGAGUCGGACGUGCGCUGUGUGCAGUACUCUGUGACGCUGGAGAGCGUGGAGACGGUCCACGAGCAGCACCAGCAGAAGGAGCAGCAGAAACCCGUGACGCGCGCAUACAACAAGUGCCACGAGGUGUGUCUGAACCUGGAGCAGACGCACGUGAUGCUGCCGGUGCCACUGCACGUGACGCCCUCGUUCCGCUCCGAGCUGGUCGAGCUCAGCUGGCGUCUGCACUUUGAGUUUGUGACCACGACGGGCGGCGCUGUGCCUCUGGCCACGCCGACCGACCCGGCGCACCACGCCACCUGGGAGGCGCCCGACACGCUGCCCAUCGAGACCAUGGUGUGGGACCUGCCGGUGCGGCUGUGUCCCACCAGUCCCGGCCACGUGGCGCAGGCGCUGCAUAUGGCCGUCACCCAUGCAGUGUCCGUGUGAGGGGGUGGGGAGGGGGGAGGUAGUCUCAUGGGACCAAAGACUGAGACGGUGCGGUGGGUGAGGACAGGUAUGGUGCUCGCUGUGGUCGUGUGAAUUGUGGGGUUGAAAUAUGGUGUUUCUGCAUUCUGGGAUGAUUGGAUGGUUAUGUCUUGUACUGGGGUACUGGCCCGGCCGUUUAGUGAAACAGACCGCGAAUGUAUGUCAGGUGGCGUCGUAAUUCACUUUGUUACCCAUUUCCACAUGUUGUACGCAGAUGAAUCUCAUAAGCACUUUGCAAUACGUGUCAAAUCAAACCUUAAUCGCAUUGUUUUCGCUCCAUUUUUUGCCUUUAGGCCUGAUCGAUUCGGAUGUUUAUUGAGACUGCUGCUAAAGCUAACAUCACGCGUUUAAAAUCAAUUAACAACGAAGUGGGAUUCAAGAGCGAAGUUGAACCCUAGUUCAAAGGCCUACCGUGAUUUUCAGCGUCAUUUAUGGACUAUGAUCGUAGGUUUCCAUGACGGACAAAAUGGUCUUAUGAACCGCAUUUUUAUUGUUAUUGCUUACUGGGUGUGUGCACUGUGCAUAUAUUUAUGAUGAAUGAUUUCCCUGGAAGUCAUCCUGCGCGCGAUCUUUUAUCCGAAUAUUAUGUAAAAUAUAUAAAAUAUCAACAAAA